AUAUAUAUUAUUUCCCAUAACAACUAUAAUGUCACCGGUGCUAUUUACCCAACAAAAGAUGUUUGAACAUGAACACUGUACAUAUGAAGUUAGUGAGUAUGAUAUGCUUCUUAGUGAAGCGAUCGUUGACAGAGAUGCGCCCGAGAGUGGUUCGAGUGUUGAUGAUAAACUAAGGUGGCUUCGAUCACAAAUUAUAGGCGGGUUUGCUGAGAUUCAGACCCCAUUUGGAUCGCGUAAACUUACGUAUGCAGAUCAUACAGCCUCUGGCCGCUGUCUUCGUUACAUUGAAGAUUAUAUCAUUCACAAUAUUCUUCCCUUUUAUGGUAACACUCACACAUGUGACAACUAUGUCGGUAUUCGGACGAUGAAAAUGCUCCAUGAGGCAACCGGAUUUGUGAAGAAAUGCUUAGGCGGAACCCAACAUGACGCGCUCCUUUUCUGCGGAUCAGGCACUACAGCCGCUAUAAAACGGCUUCAAGAAGUCAUGGGAAUUGCAGUUCCAUCAAUUUUGAAAGAGAAAGUAUUGAACACAUGUAUAGGAAGUGAGGAAAGAUGGGUAGUUUUUGUUGGUCCUUAUGAACACCACUCCAACCUCCUUUCCUGGAGGCAAAGCCUAGCAGAAGUUAUAGAGAUCGGUCUAGACGAAGAAGGAAUGAUUGACAUCGAUGACUUGAAGACGCGUUUGGAGUUUUAUCAAGGCACUGGCCGCCCCAUGCUCGGUUCAUUCUCUGCUUGUAGUAAUGUUACUGGAAUUUGUUCUGAUACGCGUUCUUUGGCUCGCUUGCUUCACGGGUAUGGAGCCUUCGCAUGCUUUGAUUUCGCAGCAAGUGGUCCAUAUGUGGAGAUUGACAUGAGAUCAGGUGCUAUUGAUGGGUAUGAUGCUAUAACCUUAAGUCCACACAAGUUUCUAGGGGGACCUGGAUCACCAGGGAUUCUUUUGAUGAGCAAGGCCUUAUAUCAGCUCAAAUAUGCUCCCCCUUCGACAUGUGGAGGCGGGACUGUCAACUUCGUUAAUUCCUUCGGUGAACAGGACACACUAUACAUUAAUGACAUUGAAGAAAGGGAAGACGCUGGGACGCCCCAAAUUAUUCAACGAGUAAAAGCAGCAUUAGCCUUCCAAGUUAAAGAAUACAUCAAAUGUGAAGUUAUUGCCAAGAGAGAACAUGACUACAUUGAAAGGGCGCUAGCGAGGCUUGUGAAACUUUCCAACAUAUGGGUGUUGGGAAAUACCAAAGCCGAGAGACAAGCAAUUCUAUCUUUCCUCAUUUACACAACUACGAACUCUAAUAAGAGAGAUAAGCCUCUUAAUGGUGCUUUUGUUGCCAAGCUUCUCAAUGACCUCUUUGGCAUCCAAGCUCGAGGAGGGUGUGCUUGCGCAGGACCGUAUGCUCAUUGUUUGCUUGGUGUCGAUGAGCCAUAUUCGCUUGCAAUCAAAUCUGCGGUCCAAAUGGGCUAUAAUGGAGCAAAGUUGGGUUGGACAAGAGUAAGCUUUCCUUACUACAUGUCUAAUGAGGAAUAUGAAUUCAUUGUAUCUGCAAUUGAAUUUCUGGCUGUUUAUGGACAAAGAUUUCUUCCUCUUUACCACUUGAAUUGGAAAACAGGCAGUUGGACUCUUAAGACUAAUACUCAUGUACCAAAAGCAGAUUUUCAACAAAAGGUGACAGGAUGCAAAACAAUGGAUUAUGACAAGUAUGCAAUCUAUCUUGAGGUUGCAAAGCACAUAGGAAACAUACUUCCAGAAUUCCCUACAUAUCAGUGUACACUUCCCAAGGACAUAGAUUCCAACUAUGUGUUUUUUCAAGUGUAGUUUCAAAUCCAUGACAUAAUUGGCUUGUUAGUCAAAAGUAUGUAUGCUGAGAUAAUAUAUUAUAUUUAUUCAUGCAUGUUGUAAUUCACAUUAUUUCCGUUUAAUAUUAUUGGAAGCUUCAAAGUAGGAACAUGGCAAUA